AUGUUUUCCGAAAGAAAAGUGAAAUUAACUCUUCAUUUGCCUAAAUUAGAAUCAUGUGCUUAGUUUGAAUCUGAUGUAUACACCACAACAUCAAGAUCAAGUAAAGACUGUUAGCUAUUAAUAGGAAUAUUGUCAAUCUCCAAAGCUCCCAAAUCAGACAGGAGAAUAGUACAUAAGCAUACAGUUACACAAAUGAACACCUCCAAUUAACUUCAUUUGUAUACUCCCAAGUACGAGAGUCUGUAAGCCAAAAGACUCAAAAACAUUCCUUAUGAACUAAAAUAUUUCACUCCUAAUCUCCCUAACAAAAAUUUUAAAUCUAGCCAUCUAAUGAACAACAAACUAUUAGAAACACCAAAAGUCACAAUACAGAACAAAGAUAAGUGGCUAUUAAAUGUACAUAAAACUAGAAUGAACAAUGCUUUUAGUCUCGGUAAAAGUAAAAGAAUGUAAAAUAAACACCUAAAAACGGAAUAACAAGAAGAGCACAAUUAAAUCACAAGACAGAACUUAAAUUUUAUAGAAAAUGAAUAAAUCAAAAGACUCAAAAAACAAAGGAAUGACACUCAAAAAUUAAUUGCUCAAUUUGCUUCUUAGUUUAAUUCGGGUGCCAAACUUAAUUAUAUUGACGAAAACUUUUGA